UGUGGGCGGUGAGGACACAUGCGUCGCUCUGGAUAGACCCACACACACACACACACCCGCUAGCGCUGGCCACUUCGGGGACCUGAUACACGGCGGGACCAUCAUGUCCUCCGACGAUACCAUCGCCAUCUCCAUAGAGGACAAGACUUACAAUGUCAGCAAGAUCAAGCUGAUUGAGAAGAGCGACUAUUUCCGGGCCCUGUAUCAGUCUGGGAUGAAGGAAUCCGAAGAGGCUUCCAUCCAUCUACACGGGUUGAGUGUGCAAGGGCUGGAGUUGGUCAUUGAAUACAUCAACACGGCCAAAGUGGACUUUGACAACGAUGCAUUGGAAGAUCUGGUGGAGACCGCAUCUUUUCUCCAAGUGACUUCCAUAUUGAAGCUGCUUCUGUCCGAGGUUAAGGUGGACAAUUGUGUGGAGUUGUACAGACUGUCGGACACUUAUGGCAUUGAUGAUCUGAUGAGUGCCACCCUCCGAUUCAUGUCUUGCCACUACCAUCCCAUGGUGAGGAGGCCAGAGUUCAGGCAUCUGCCCAACGCCCUGCGUCGGCAGGUGAUGGACAUGCGUUUCCAAGGGACCGCCGUGUUGGUUGUGUUUGGAGAUUUCUUCAGUACCUCCCUGAACCUGACUCCAGAUGAGCCCUGGUCCAUGCUGAAGUAUGAUGAGAUGGCCCUGAGGUGGGUGCCCCUGGACAGUGGACUCCCCCCCGACAUGGUCAACGUCAGAGGCUAUGGCUCCACGGUGUUGAACAAUUAUCUCUUCAUCGUGGGUGGAUACAGGAUGACUUGCCAGGAGAUCUCUGCGGCUCAUUGCUACAAUCCCUGCCUCAACCAAUGGAAUCAGAUUUCAUCAAUGAAUCAAAAAAGAUCAAAUUUUAAGCUUGUGGCCGUCAGUGGAAGGCUGUACGCCGUGGGUGGCCAGUCCCUUUGCAAUGUCGAGUGCUACAAUCCUGAGAUGGAUUGGUGGAGUUUUGUAGCCUCAAUGCCACAUCCUCUGGUGGAGUUCUCAGCUUGUGAAUGCAGAGGAAUGAUCUACGUCAUAGGUGGAUACACGGCACGCGAUAGGAACCUGGACAUAUUGUGCUACUGCCCAGCAUCCGACGCCUGGACUGUGUUAGAAUCCUGCGAGGUUCAUAUCCGCAAACAGCAAAUGGUUUCUGUGGAAGAUACUAUUUACCUGGUGGGAGGCUGCCUCCAUGAGAAAGGUGCGGGUAGACAGGCCAGUCACACUGAAGACAUGCUCACUGUGCAGUCCUAUAAUGUCGACACCAAACAGUGGCUUUGCCUGAAGGAAAACACAUCAAAGUCUGGUCUAAACCUAACGUCUACACUCCACAAUGAUGGGAUCUACAUCGUGAGCAAAGAUAUCACGCUGUCAACCAGCCAGGAGCACCGUGUGUUCCUCAAAUACAAUAUAUUCUCAGACAAGUGGGAAGCAUUUCGAGGUUUUCCGCCAUAUGGCCAGAACAUAUUACUUUGCUCUCUCUAUUACACUAACAUGCUGUAAUAAGGCAUCGCUUGGUGUGAAAUACACUUAACAUGGCUGCAGCCAGACCACACAAGGCAGGACAUUUAGAGGUUGUUUUAUUUUUAUGCUAAAUUGCAGGUGUAAAAGAGAUUCAGACUGUCAGGUAGUG